CCAGUGCGCGGGUUAGACCUCACCGACGUCAACAUCGCUCAGCGGGCCACAAAAUCUGCCGUUGCUUUGACUCACUUGACCCGGUUCAGACAAAUCCUCAACCUCAGUGGCAACGCGUCUCAGCAGCUUGGACCGUUCGAGCUGACUCUGAAGCCAAAGAUUUCCGGAGGCAACCUCUCAGGUGGCCAGGGAAUAGAGUUCGUGUUCAGGAAUACAACCGAAUCUCAGCUUCACUUCACGGUCUUAGUGCUCAGUUCUGGAUUUCAUGUGAAGCAGCUUUACCCUUCGCAGGAUAUUCCCGAAUCGGUGGAACCAGGCACCAAGGUUCCGUUCUCCUUUAACAUAACGAUACCUGACCCGCUCAACGGUCAUGGAGAGCAGCGAGACAUAAUCCGUACAGUUGUCACGAGAGGCAUGCAGCUUUCCUGGAAGAGCCUGGAACUGCCUGACAUCUGGAAUGCUGAUCAGUUGUCCAACAAGCGUAGUGACAGAGGCGCGAAUUUGCUGUCUGAGUGUACCGUGUGGGUCAAGGACAACGUUAUAUUAACAACAAAACAAGGUGAAGGAGAUGAGGUCUACUGGAUGUCACACUUAGAUGGUUAAUCGGACAAUGUCUCUUCUCUUGCCUCCGUUCGUCGAUGGAAGCUUCGGCCUCUUGCAUCGUUC